UUUUAAACUCAUCUGCUUCGUGAUCCUUUUAAAAUUCUCUUACGAGCCUGGGCAUUUCAUUGUUCAAGCUUGCAUUUAGCAUAAUUCUAACAACUCUCAACUCUACCGAGCUACGGUAUGCGCACUUGAACUGUUAAAUGUUUGAAAUACAAAACCGCCGAAAUUCGUAUGAAAAGCGAGGAAAGACAUUUCUGCACGCUGAGCUCCGAUGCAUGUGUGCAUUAGACUGCGCAGGGAAACUAGUAGCUGAGAGUUAGGACCGCGUCGUCGGAAAGCCCUGAAAAGCUUUUUUUUUUAUUCUAUAGAGAAAUACAUUUAAGAACAUCAAGCUGGCUCACACUCUUCCAAACCAGACCAGUUUGACAGCUGCUCUUCACCCCCUUUGGAGGACUGUCAACAGCAAGAGGAUGGCAUCAGAACUGGCAAUGAGCAACUCCGACCUGCCCACCAGUCCCCUGGCCAUGGAAUAUGUUAAUGACUUCGAUCUGAUGAAGUUUGAAGUGAAAAAGGAGCCGGUGGAGCCCGAUCGCAGCAUCAACCAGUGUAGCCGCAUGAUCGCCGGGGGAUCCUUGUCUUCCACCCCGAUGAGCACGCCUUGCAGCUCGGUUCCCCCUUCUCCAAGCUUCUCGGCGCCCAGUCCGGGCUCGGGAAGCGAACAGAAGGCACACUUGGAGGAUUUCUACUGGAUGACCAGUUAUCAACAGCAGUUGAACCCGGAGGCGCUGGGCUUCAGCCCCGAAGACGCAGUAGAGGCGCUGAUCAACAGCAGUCACCAGCUUCAGACGUUCGAUGGCUAUACUAGAGGGCAGCAAUUUGCCGGUGCAACCGGGGGAGGUGGCACCAUGGCCGGGGAAGAGAUGGGAUCAGCCGCGGCGGUGGUAUCCGCAGUUAUCGCCGCCGCAGCCGCACAGAACGGAGGUCCACACCACCACCACCAUCACCAUCACAAUGCCGGGCACCAUCCUGCGCAGGGAGUCUCAAACAACCCCGGGGGAAACCACCAGCACAUGCACUUGGAUGACCGGUUUUCAGAUGACCAGCUGGUGACCAUGUCGGUGCGAGAGCUCAACCGGCAGCUACGGGGGGUCAGCAAGGAAGAAGUUAUCCGACUGAAACAAAAGAGGAGAACCCUCAAAAACAGAGGCUAUGCCCAGUCCUGUCGCUUCAAGCGUGUCCAGCAACGGCACGUCCUGGAGGGAGAGAAGACCCAGCUCAUUCAGCAAGUUGAACACCUCAAACAAGAGAUCUCCAGGCUGGUCCGGGAGAGGGACGCCUACAAGGAAAAAUACGAGAAGCUCAUCAGCAAUGGCUUCAGAGAAAACGGAUCCAGCAGUGACAACAAUCCUUCCUCCCCAGAGUUUUUCAUUCACUUUUUUGGAAUACAGCAAAAAAGUGAACGGACAGCUAUCACCCCCACCUCUGAAAAGUUGCCCGUGAUGAGUUGCACGAACAUCGGCACCCAUUUCCAUACGGCCCAUGCACUGAUGCAUUCCUGUUGAAAGUUGGCGGACUGGAGUCAAAGUACUGGGGGGUGGGGAAGGAUCUCAUCGUGUCCAAACGGAACCAAUCCCUCUUCGGGACUAAACUGUCUGUUGCUUAAAGCGGUUUGUUUAUUUAAUACAUAUCCCAUUCUUGUGUAUUGGAUAUCUCUGGAAUGAAAGACUGAUGUUUAAGCAUAUAAUUUAAGUACUAUAUAGUUUUAUUACCUGUAAGUCUAAAAAGUGAAGGUUGUAUUGCCAGAGGCUGAUACAGAGAAAUGCCAUGGCGUAAUUAGGUUUAAAUACGUUGUAGGAUUUGUGUGGUCCUAUGCACUAAAUUGGAUAUUGAUAUUAAGAGAUUGGAGGCAUUCAAGUUUGUAUCCACAGCGGGAUUUACGCAGGCGGAAACCGAGUUUUUGCAGCAUGUGCUUGCAAUUAAAACACAAGUGUGACAGAUGUAGUCCUUGUUAUAGCUUACCACUGUCUGUAUUAAAAAAACCAAAGUAUUAAACGAGGAGAAACUUACCAUGGUUAACCAUGCAUUCAAAAUUAGUCAUGUACAGACCUGAAGUAUUUUGGACUGAGUUGCACUAAAAUUGCCUGCAAUCAUAUAUUACAAAAUGGAAUCUAUCUAGAACGCUAAUUUAAAAAAGCAGUUUCAUGGCAUUGCUGGAGAAUUUAACGAUAUUAGUUGUGAUAUUACAAAGGACUAGUUUCUUUUUGUCUUAAAUUCAUUAUUUACAUGGCAAUAAUAUAAUAAUCAAUAAUGUCUGGACAUUGUUUAUGGACAGGGAUUGACACCCUGCUUGUUAAAAUGGUGAAAUGCCAUUCAUCAAUAAAUUUUAUAAAAGUAUGUUAAUUAAACUUUCCUCAUAUAUUUUGCUGUGCAAAAUUAUUUCAUUCACUAACCAUAUGUGAUGUUCAUAUGUGCUUAUUUUCAAUUCACACAAUUAUAUAAUAUGCAAUAAAAAACAAC